AUGGAUUUGCAACCCACGUACGCUUCUCAGGCUUCCAACAACAGCAAUGAAACCACCAGGCUAGUCGAAAACGUGGAUAUCCGAAGUGGUUUUAUGGAAUCGUGGUUGAACCGUUUUCCAACAUUCUCCUCCAGCGCAAAGAAAAGACUCCUCUGCAUUACGUACCUGAUGUUUCUUACCUGGCAGGUGAUUGGACUGAUCUUGUACUCCAUCCGAGCCUUUGAAGCAAUCUUCUUUGCAAAACAUGCUAGUUUCCAAACUACAGAUAUCGAGAUGUUCUCACACUCGGCAAAGCUGCAACUCCUCUGGGUAAUAUCACAGAUGCUGAACGCCGGCGUGGUGAUACUUGCCUUGAAGAAAGUGCGCUCGUUCCUGGGCUAUUUCACCAUCUUGAGAUCUCUUGUGCGCCUGCCAUCUUUUUGGAGUUUGAUGUCGUUGUAUGGCAUGUGCAAUAUAGGAUAUUUUGCCAUUAUUGCGCUGGAGAAUGACUCGCCAAUGGAGAUUGCUUUAAUUAUGGCCUUCGUUUUUGCUGACGCCGCCCAUGCCAUAUUGAUCGGCUUUUUAAGCUUCACACAGAUUAACGACUCACGAAGAGAGUCCUUUAAACUUUAUGCGUUCUUUAAGGUGAACAUUUUUAUAUCGUUUUUGUCUUUUUUUGUGCAGUUUGUUAUUGGCACUUUUCAGUUUGCGCUUGGUAUUUAUGGUAUAGAUGAUGACCAUCAUGAAAUUUCAUCUGACUUUAUGUCCUUAAUUGGUGAAAUUCGCAGAUUAACAGCGAUUGUCUUCGCUUAUCGAAUCUACAUUUUCUACUGGGAAAAAAUGUUUCUCGAUAACAGGAAUAUUCUCAGCCAUCACGAUUUUUUGGAUAAUGUAUAG